GUCUCAAAAUACGUCCAGGAGGCCGUUACAAAACCGACCGACCAAAAUUUGACAGGCCCGUUCGGCGAUUCCUCACAUGGAUUUAUGACCGACACAGUAUGGUAUCGAUGCAUAAAAAGUUAAGUUGACUCGCGCACUGAGGGGCACCGCACCGCACAACACUGCACUUACAGGAAUGGGUGCGUGCGUGUUUCAGAUAGCUCACUAAAGCGCCUGCCGAAUGACUCUAAAAACACCUCCGUCCGUGGCACUGCUACAGAGACGACGUAGGAACCUCUUUAUACACAACGACGUUACAUAGGUAUGGAAAAACAGGAACCGAAGGAGCCCGAGGUCCAACCGUGCGCUGAGCAGACAGAUUGCCUCUCAUUAAUAAUAAGCGGCGAGGAGGAGACGAUAGAAGACCAGACGGACUUUGGAGUUCCUUUGGGAGGUGAGGAUGGCAUCACUAACGGCCACAGUCGAGAGGAGGAGGACGAGGAGACAGGGAUCCCCUCAGGUUCAGCGCACACCUCCUACUGGAGUGUCAGCGAAGACCCCGAUGCCCCUUUCCUCCUGUCCCCCAUGCCUGGCCCCUCUCAGCUCAGAUCCACCCCACCAUCACCGUUGGCCUCGCCGCCGCUGCCGCCUCCGGCCCGACCCGAACGGGCCUCGCGUCCAGGCCUGAGCCGCAUCCCAGGCCGCGACCACCGGCGCUACUACCACGAGUACUGGCGCAGCGAGUACCUGAUGGACUUCGACCCGCGGCGGCACGGCAUGAUCUGCAUGGUGUGCGGCAGCUCGUUGGCCACGCUCAAGCUGAGCACCAUCAAGCGACACAUCCGGCAGAAGCACCCGGACUCGCUGCUCUGGAGCGCCGCCGACAAGGAGCUCAUCCGGCAGGGCUGGGAGAGCCACCUUGGCCUGGAGGCCAGACAGAGGCCGUUCGGAUCGGGUGGAGGAGGGAGAGAUGGAGGAGAAGAAGAUGGAGAUGGAGGAGAAGGCGCAGUGACAAUAGCAGCGGCCGAGGAGAUGCUGGACUGUGCCCGGCGCUCGACAGGUAAACCUGUUGUUUUGACCCCCAAAAGGACGCCGCCGUCAGGCAACAGCAGCUGCAGUGCGGUGGCCCCUGCCUCUCCCCCUUCCUCCGGCCCAGUCAGUGAGGACUUCCAGAUGCCCUCGGCCCAGACGCUGGAGCGCUACCUGAACGACUCGCUGCACGCCUGGUUCCGGCAGGAGUUCCUGAUGGAGUACCAGGCGGAGGCGGGCCGGCUGGUGUGCAUGGUGUGCGGCAGCGCGCUGCCCUCGCUCCACCUGGAGCACAUCAAGAGCCACGUGCUGGAGCUCCACCCCAACUCACUGGUGUACAGCUCUGAAGAGAAGCACUGCAUCCUGCAGAGCUGGGCACAGACCCACGAAUCGCAGUCCAGCCCACUGCCAGAUUUUUUCAAGAUAGAGUCCGACGCCAAAGACCCCACCAACUCCACUCCCCCUGUAGACCCGGCCGGCGGCUGCAUGGACUUCCUCCCGCAGAACGUCGACGUCAGCGGUGUCCUCCUCACCCCCAUCCCCGCCGACAUGACGCCUCACGAGGUGGACAACAACAACAACAACAACAACAGCGGCAGCAGCAGCAGCAGCCACAACAGCAACAGCAACAUGUCCUCCCCAUCUCCCUCUCUCCCUCCACCACCUCCACCUCCAGUUCCACCUCCGCCUCCGCCCCUGCACCACCCCCCUCUGUGCCCCCCGGCCCGGAAGCGGCGCCUGCGAGACGGGUUUCCGUGGCGCCUGCGGCUGGACUACAUGGUGGCGUACGGGCCGCAGGGCGCCGGCUGCUACUGCAUGGUGUGCUGGCAGGAGCUGCCCGCCGCCAAGGUCAGCGGCUUCCGCCAGCACAUCCAGGAGAGCCACCCGGAGACCACGCGCCUUAGCCGCCGCGAGAGGGAGCAGGUGGCUGAUGCCUGGGUGCGUGACGCACCCUCGGGAGGGUCGAGGGGAGACGGGACAGCUGGGUCUCCGGGAGACAUCAUCACCUUGCCCAUAUCAGAUGGACUGGACAGCCAGACAUCUCCCAAGAAGAGCAGUGGACAGACCAAAUCAAAGCAUCAGGACACCAUCAGCUCUAAGGGCUCUGCCAAAAACGGGCCUGCGUCCAGUGACCCGGCUCUGGCGUCGUCCUCGGGGCGUCACCACGGCCACUAUCCAGGCAAAGACCAGCGGCGGAACUACCAGUCGCGCUGGCGCACCGAGUACCUGAUGGACUACGACGGCCGGCGGCACGGGCUCAUCUGCAUGGUGUGCGGCGCCACGCUGGCCACGCUCAAGGUGAGCACCAUCAAACGCCACAUCCAGCAGGUGCACCCGGCCUCGCUGGCCUACGGGCCGGACGAGCGACAGCGCGCCCUGCAGGCCUACGGCCACACCGCGGCGCCGACGCUGCACUACGCGCCGAACGACGCCACCGAUGACGACUGCUUCUCCGCUCAGGACCACGAGGCCGCAUCGGGCCUGUUUGUCACUUAACCCCCGGGGGGAAAAAGAGAGAGAAGGGGGAAGAGGAGAAUGUGUUUACACUGAGGACGAUAGGUUUCAUUCUCGCGGUUUCUCUCUUUCUUUCACUUUUUUCCUCCUUCCGUGUAGAUGUAUGACUGUAGCUUGUGGCCAGUGAUGUUCGGCUCAUCACUGAAUGAAAAGAAAGAAAGAACGAUAGAAAAAAGGGGAGGAUGUGUGUUGCUCUGGUGCUCCUUCACACUCUCUCCUCUUUCACUUUGACUUUGUCCUUUUGUUUCUCUUGUUUUCUCAGGAAAUGGGAAUGAAAGGCUGAUAUUUUCAAGGCUGUUGCAAAAUGCUUUAGUGAUAUUUUUUUUUUCUGUAGAGCACUUUUUUACCCCCUUAACACAUGCACGUUACAAAGGAGCAAUUGUGAACAGAAACUUCACGUGAUAAAUACCACUUAAAUUACAGAUACAUACAGCCUCAUUUAUGAUCUCGUGAUCCUUCAAAGGAGAUCUUAUUGGUAAAUGUGCUGUUUGGUCAACUCUUUCCUUCCCCAACUAACUGAACUAAACUUAAGAAAUUUUGCAUGAAAGUGGCAUUGGACAACCGUCUACUUAAAAAAUAGUACUUUUCUGUUAGGAAAAUGUUUUGAUUUGGACUGCACUUUCUUAUUAUCCUCAGCGUAAAGAAAAAUUACACUGAGGGAAAAAAAAAAACGUUCCAUGCUUUGGACAUAAAGGUAUGAUUUUUUUUACAAGCACUUUUAUGCAAUGCUAUUUGUACACCAACAAGGUUUGUAGAAAAAAAUGCCCUUUUUGUACGGACACUCAGUGGAGAGAGAGUGUGUGUGAGUGUGUAUGUAUGUGGAUACAAAGAUUACACUACAUAUUCCAUUUUGCAUGGAGGUCAUUGGUCAUGCAUGGUUAAUGGAAAGCAUGUUUCUUAUCUGUCAGAGCCAAGGUUGCCUGGGGCUGGUCUCUAAAGCUGGCAUCCAAGGUGGCACUAAACAGCUCACACAUGCCUUCAUGAAGGUGAUCAUCUGUGUGAAUGCAUUGGCUAAAUUAUGGACUAUAAAACAUGUUUCUUUCUUCCUUGUGUUGUUUCACAUUCCAUGCAGUCCAUAUAUGGAUGACCUUGAGAGGGCAGAACAGUUUGGAAUAGGUCCGUGAGUUGUAAUGACCUCCCGCUCAUGCCAAAUUGUUUCGGAUCUGAAGAACCUGACCUAUGUCUUAAGACCCUGGUUAAUGGGUCGCUUGGGCCUCUUAAAGAGCUAAGGUAGCCAUUCCGUUUUACAGGUAUUGGUUAAGCACACCGGUAACAUCUCAUUUGUGGCUUGAUUCCACCGUACUGUAUCUGUAUCUGAGAGUUAUGACUUGUGGGAGUGUCUCUUGGUCAAUUCCCCUGGUCUGAGUGCACUUCAGGUGACUGCACUGGCUGCAGGUUACUCACGGCUCAAAGAUGACCACAAAUAAGAGGGAGCUGGAGAGUCAAGGUUUCCAGAAAUUCCUAAGAGGGCUUUUGGAGGCAGAGCAGCUUAACAGCACAGCCUGAAGCCCCAAGGUGGAACACAACCUCCAGCAGGGCCGAUCCAAUCAAGAUUUUAAAUCUCCACAACGUUGUAUUUGUACAGUACCAUUCCAAAACAGAAUCCUUUGUGUCAGAUUAUUUAGCCAAUGUCAAAGUUUCAUGAAGCUAUUGUAGAAUUCUAGGGUAUUCUCACUGUAUUCUGAUGUGUCCAUAUGUUACUUCUGUGUGUAGUGUAUAACGGACAGAGGUCCAUACCAUUGUAUAAAACCUUGUUUAGUACCAAAAGCCUGACCAGAUGUGGACACUAAGGGAGGCUUAGGCCUAUAUCACAAGCACAUAGGCUUUGACAUGUUGGUAAUAGGUUAUAUACAAUGGACCUCUCCCCAUAGGAGUAUUAUGAACACAUCAGAAUACAGUGAGAAUACCCCAGAGUUCUACACUAUGAAGCUUACCGCUCUCAGUGAGUUGUGCUGUAUGUGUAAAAGGUCACCUCCUGGUUUGUGACAGCUUCUUAAUUGAAAGGGGGCAGCUGAUUACAUUGGUGGCUUUGACAGCUGGAAACGUUUUUCACUGACUAAACAAGGGCAAAGCUUUUUCAUAUCUAGAAAAAGUGACACGUUAUCUCAAAGGGUGUUUUUCGACCAUGAUAAUCGUUUAUGGACUUCAACCGAACUUGUAAUUCAUUUGUUCCAAGUGUCCACAGCACGUUUCUGUAAAGGCUGUGAGGC